AUGUCUCAGGAUCCCAUCGUUUGGAUCGAUUGUGAGAUGACCGGUUUGGAUGUCGAAACCGAGCAUCUCAUUGAGGUUGCCGUCUUGAUCACUGACGGAGAUUUAAAUAUUUUAGCCGAGGGACCAGAUCUUGUAAUCCAUCAGACGGAAGAAACGAUGAACAACAUGUCAGAGUGGUGCAAGACGCAUCAUGGAAAGUCCGGGUUAACAGCCGAAGUCUUAGCAUCGAAGAUAAGUACCUCUGAAGCAUCCGCCCAAAUUCUUGAUUUCCUGAAAACUCAUGUCCCCAAAAAAGGCAUCGCACCCUUGGCGGGAAAUACUGUCCAUGCGGAUAAGGCAUUCUUGAAAAAGGAAAUGCCAGAGGUGAUAGAUUGGUUGCAUUAUCGUAUAAUUGACGUUAGUAGUGUCAAGGAAUUAUGUAAAAGAUGGUAUCCCAGUACUUUUGUUAACAUGCCCGCAAAGAAACUCACUCACAGAGCUUUAGAUGACAUCAAGGAAAGUGUUGAGGAAUUGAAAUUUUACAAGAAAAAUAUUUUUAUCGACGAAGCCGAUCCGGCAAGUAAGAGGCGUAAAGAAAAUUAA